CAUUGCCUUUCUUAACCUGACGUUUAUAAUCGCAUCUUGUAUUUAUAUUUUGUCGCGGCCAGGAAGGCGAUUAUUCUACGAACUGGUCGCAAUGCCGAAGGUUGUGUCCAGAAGUAUUGUGUGCUCCGAUUCAAAGGACCAAGAGGAAUAUAAUGAGGAGAAACCUUUGAAUAUUUACUACUGUCUCUGCGGGCGAUUGUCCCUCAUCCUCGACUGUGCCAUUGAAAAAUUGCCACUUCGACGGGUGGAUGGAGCCCGUGUUAUUGACGGCGCCCAACGGGCCCAUAAGUUGGCUUACGACGUAGGCGAGACAAUUCACCUCAAGCGGGAGAAAGGCAUCGAGAGGCAAUAUCGUCUUAAUUGCAAAUCCUGCAGUCUUCCCGUCUACUACCGACACAGCCCCGACUCCAACGUGACAUUCAUUCUCAAGCGAGCUCUGGUGAAAAGGAAGAACGAAAAGCAAUUGUCGGCCACAAGCGCUCAAGCUACUGAGGAUGUUCUAGGCCAAGUCCUUGCAAACCAACCCCAGAAAGUAAUGGUCACGCGACACACAAAGAACAUGGGAAAAUUCAGCUCCGUCACGGUGUCAACUAUCGACGAGGAAGAGGAUGAGAUCGAAGCGCGUGAAAUUGCCGACAGCUAUGCUAAUAACGCUAGAAUCAUUGAGAAGCAACUGCAACGAAAAGGCGGGAAACUUGCUGAUAUUGGUGCCCGACAAAGGACUGAUGAUGCGGUUAGUGCUAAGCGACCGAGAGGGACCUUGAUUGAUAUUUAAUUUAAGACAGUUACAAUAAUGGUUUAAUCUAUAAUAUAAAUAUAUGCACACUUUAAGCGAA